UCUUGGCGGCACGUGGUGCCCGCUAGAGAUGGCCAUGGCGCUCGAUACCGCACGGAGCCCUCUCGAGGUGGCCGCAGCGCUCGAUUCCGGCGAUGGCACCCACUUCCGGCGAUGGCGCUGAGGGGGUCCGCAGGUGCAUCCAGCGACUGGCAUACAAGAUCAUGGCUGGAUCAAGCACCUCUCGUGGGCGCUGCCGAGGAUGGGGAGCGGAGGCUGCUGACAGCAAAAGAGCAUCGCAGCCUCCUCACACCAGCGCUAGCACUCUGUGGACUGUGGGAGGAGAGGAAAGGACCUCCACGGGGCUGCGCGCGUCGAGGAAGACAGCGCACGCUGGGGAGGGCUGCGCGCCCAGGGAGGCCUGCUGCUGGGCGUGGCCACCGCGCUGGGUACGAGAAUCGCCACGAGGAGUGCAGCGGCGUGCGAUGGUUCUGCGAGAGGAAGAAGAAGGUCUGUGUUUGCAGGGUGCUAGUGAAUAGUGACAGUGUGAUUGUUAAUUAUGGUGUCAAAUAAAGAUAGUUUACAAAACUAAAUUCAGAACCCGCCUCAGUGACUCUGAAGAAUCUAACGAGACUUUUGACCGUGCGAUUAGAGAAUGAUUACUGUAGCAAAUCCGCGAUUAAUUAAUGUUAUUAGAUUCGUCACGAAAAGUUAUAUUCAUCCCUAAAAAAUUUUAUAAAUAGAUUUCAUUCCGUCCUUCAUGCGGAAAAAAUUCUCUUUAGCGCUAAGAUUGUAGCGCCAAACCCAGACACCGAGGUUACGAUUGUCAUUUCUCAUCUCUCUCCAAUUAAAUCGAUUAAAAUAGUGCUUGCGGUGUCCUUGAGCAAAUGUACUGGUUGAACGGUGUCUUUGAGCAAAGAUGCAAUUUUUUAAUGAUCUAUGUCAAAUGCCAUCAAA